GAGCCCGAGGGGGGAAAAAAAAACCUCAACCAAACUUGUCUUGGGGAUUAAUAAGAGGCAGGAGGAGGGAGAGGUGCACACAGGGAAACAUCUGGACCAUGAAGGUAGCCUUCGGGUUGCUUCUCCCACUCGCUCUCGUGCUGGUCUCAGAGGUGAGCGGGCAGCGCAGGAAGCCUCCCCGGAAACCCACCCGGCCACCUCCUGCCUUCGUGGAGCCCGUGGAGCCCACAGAGCUGCCCCCACCCUUGCCACCUGGUCCCCCUUCCAUCUUCCCUGACUGCCCCAGGGAAUGCUACUGCCCUCCAGACUUCCCCUCUGCCCUCUACUGCGACAGCCGCAACCUGCGCAAGGUCCCCAUCAUCCCCUCCCGCAUCCACUACCUCUACCUGCAGAACAACUUCAUCGAUGACCUCCCCGAGGAGGCCUUCAGGAAUGCCACGGGGCUGAAAUGGGUCAACCUGGACAACAACCGCAUCAGGAAGGUGGACAGGAGGGUCCUGGAGAAGCUGGAGAACCUCAUCUUCCUCUACAUGGAGAAGAACCAGCUGAAGGAGGUGCCUGCCUUCCUGCCACCCAACCUGGAGCAGCUGAGGCUGAGCAGGAACCAGAUCUCCAAGAUCCCUGCUGGGGUCUUCAACAAGCUGGAGAACUUGGUGCUCUUGGAUCUGCACCACAACAAGCUGAGCGAUGGAGUCUUCAACAAGAACACCUUUAAAGGGCUCAAGAACCUCAUGCAACUCAACCUGGCUCACAACAUCCUGAGGAAAAUGCCCCCCGGCGUGCCCAGUGCCAUCCACCAGCUCUUCCUGGACAGGAACAACAUCGAGGACAUCCCCAGUGAUUACUUCAAGGAGUUCCCCAACCUGGCAUUCAUCAGGCUCAACUACAACCAGAUCUCUGACAAGGGUCUCCCCAAGAACUCUUUCAACCUCACCAACCUGCUGGUGCUGCACCUGGCCCACAACAAGCUCACCAAUGUCCCCUUCAUCAGCCCAAAGCUGGAGCAUCUCUACCUGAACAACAACUCCAUUGAAAAAAUCAACGGGACACAGAUCUGUCCCACCUCCCUGGUGUCCAUCCACGACUUCUCCCCCUCCGACCUGGACAGCGUGCCCCGGCUCCGGUACCUGCGGCUGGACGGGAACCUCCUGAAGCCCCCAAUCCCCCUGGACCUGAUGAUGUGCUUCCGUCUCCUGCAGUCUGUGGUCUUCUAGCCCUGCCCUGCAGCGCCUCUCUCCCAGGACUUGGCUUUGCACAGACUUGAGCCCUCCCCCACCCCCCCGUUGGUGUUUGACGUGCGGGACCCUCUCUGCCUCCUCUUUCUCUCACCUCACCUCCAUCCCUCCUACCUGUCUCCCUUUCCUUCCCUGUGGUGGUCGCGGUCACACAUGGCUGGAGCAUCCCUGGGGACCACCUCCAUCCCUCUUGCCUGUCUCCCUUUCCUCCCCUGUGGUGGCCGCGGUCACACGUGGCUUGGGCAUCCUUGGGGACCACUGUCUGCAGGGCAGCAGCGCAGCGCAGCAGCCCAGGCUGCAGCAUCAUCUCCUGCCCGUGGGCUCUGCCUUCUCUGCCCUCACCCAGGCCAGCCCUGCAGCUGGCUCUGCCUCUCCCCUUCCAUCCAGCAGAGUUUCAGGAGAUCGGAUUCGAUCUAAGCCAAAAGCAACUCCAGAUGGAGCUGAGGGAGUCCAGGGCCCUCCCCUCGCUGCAGGGCUUUGGCUGGCAGCACCCGGAGAGCCUACGAUGUCCCCGGGGGGAAAUCAGCCGUGGAGGUGGCACGGGGAUGCCCCCAGUUGCUGUGCCAGCCUCGGGCUGUAGGAGGGUGCCAGCUGGGCGCGCUGGUGGCCAGGAGAGCAGAACCAGCGCAGGCAGAGGGUGGCCAGGUCCGGUGGUGCCCGGCAGGACCGGCAACGACACCUCGUGGCCAGAGCCACAUCCAUGACCCCUGGGUAAGGGACAAAGUCCUCCUAGCCUGGACCCUUCCUCCGGGGCUUUGGCCUUGGUCCCACAUAGCUCUUGGGGAGGUGAAUUGGGCAGGAGGGUGCGGGGAGGGUGCCCAGACCCUUGCAGCUGGAGCUGAGCUCUCCUGCACCCUGGGCUGGGCUGCAGCUUCCCCACAGCAAUACCCCACAACAGCAGCCCCCUCCUCAGCUUUCAUCCCCCCCAGCCUCCCCUACCCCAGCAGCUCAUGGGGCUGCAGCCCCCUCCCAGCCCCCUGUGCUGCAGGGCUCGGCUCAUUGGCUGCAUUCUGCUGCUUGCAGCCAAACCCAAGGCCCCUCCCUGGUGCAGGCAGCACCCCAAGCCUCCAGGACCCCAAUGCUGAGCAUCUGCCAUCAGCAUGGGACCCUCCCCAGAGGGCAGAGCAGAGUGAGGCCAGUGGGAUACCCACUUUGUGUUUAGUUUGGGGGAGGGUGAGGGGGGGCAGAUGCUGGCAUGGGUGCAAACCCAGGCUGUGACCCCUGAGGUCUCCAUUCUGCCCUCCUACCUCAGCUCCCACCUCCUGGAAUUUUAGCUCUCUCUUGCUUUCUUGCACCAAGCACACAGGACUGGUUUUGCUUUAUGCUUGAAGAAGAAGAAGAAAAGUGGGGAGGAGGAGAGAAAAAAAAAAGGGAGUUUUAAAAGCCUUUCUUUUUUGUUUCCCCUUUUCUCCCUGUUGUCACAUGGAUCACUCCCCUCCCUCAUAGCUGUCCCUGCAUAUUUAGGGGGUCCAGGUUCAGGGGUGGGGGGGAGUUAAUCUCUCUUCUUUUUUCACUUCUUCCUGAGUCUCAGGAUUUUAAUUUAAGAGAGAGGAGGGGGAAAAAAAUCCAACUGAAAUCAGCCUUAAAGCAACAGACCAAAGAAAGCAGCCAUUACCUCCUGAGCCUUCAGCCACCCAAAGAAACCCUCCUCUGAGAUGGACAUGGACAGGCACCGUGUCCUGCUUCCUGGGAAUGGCACAGGGAUGCUCCCUGCAGCCUGGGGACACCCCAGUGAGGUGGGGGCUCCCUUCCUUCCCAGUGCUAAAAGGUUCAUUGAUUCCCCCCCCCUGCCCCCCUCUUCUAAUUCAGGCUUGGUUUCUCAUGGGAAUGGGUUGGACUGGAAGGACCUGGACCUGAUGGAGCAGGUCCAGAGGAGGGUCAUGAAAAUGAUCAAGGGGCUGGAGCACCUCUGCUACAAGGACAGGCUGAGGGAGCUGGAGUUGUUCAGUCUGGAGAAGAGAAGGCUCCAGGCAGACCUGAAGAGGAGGGUCAUGAAAAUGAUCAAGGGGCUGGAGCACCUCUGCUACAAGGCCAGGCUGAGGGAGCUGAGGUUGUUCAAUCUGGAGAAGAGAAGGCUCCAGGCAGACCUUAGAGCAGCCUUGCCCUGAAGGGGGCUACAAGAAGGCUGCAGAGGGACUGCUCCUAAAGGCCUGCAGGGACAGGACCAGAGGCAAAAUGAGAGCAGAGCAGCUCGAGAUUGGCUGUGAGGAACAAAUUCUGCACCAGGAGGCUGCUGGAACCCUGCAACAGGUUGCCCAGGGAGGUGGUUGAGGCUCCAUCCCUGGAGAUAUUCAAGAUCAGGCUGGAGAAGGCUCUGAGCAAGCUGCUCUAGUGGAGGACAUCCCUGCUGAGAGCAGGGAGCUUGCACUGGCUGAGCUUUGGAGGUCCCUUCCAGCCCAACUCUAGGAUGCUUUUAUGACCUUAAAGGUCUUUUUCCAGCCUAAACCCUUCCAUGCUCCUAGGACAAAACCAACCCAACCCUUCUCCACAAUCCUCUGCAGUGGGCUUUAGCUGGGUUCCACAGGUCCCAGCCUUCCACCCCAGUGCCCCUGCGUGUACAUUUCUCUGUGAUGUGUAAAUAUCCUGGUAGACUGUACAGACACAGCUAGAGCCAGACGUAGUUCUCAACUGAUCGCAACUUAAUGGUAUUUUCACUCCUACUCUCCACAGCCGUGGAAAUAAAAUGAUUCACAAGGGA